CAUCAAUGAAAUAAUGUUCCAUAAUAGUUUUUGGGGACAUCGGAAGAUCUCCAAGAAUGGUGAAUCAUGCUUUAGCAAUAGCUGAUAACACAGAAUAUCGUAUAAAUUUUUAUGGAUAUUUGGAUAAUAAGCCAACAUAGGCUUUAUUAUCAAAUCCAAAUAUUAGAAUAGUAGAUUUAAAUCUCUGGAUAGUAAAUUAAUUGAAGAAAAUGCCUAGAUUCUUAUAUUUACUGUAUGCAUUAAUGCGUAUAGUAUUGCAAUCAAUAUAUUUAUUUUUAUUGUUGUUGUUUAGUAGGAAAUAAGAGUUUAUAUUGGUAUAGAAUCCUCCUUCUAUUCCAGUAUUGCAUAUAGUAAGUUUAAUAAAGGGGAUUCGUAGAUCAAAGAUAAUAAUAGAUUUUCAUAAUUAUGGUCAUACAAUAUUGGGAUUGCAAAUGAAAAACAAAUUGAUUUUAAAGAUGGCUAGAUAUUAUGAACAUUAAUUUAGUAGAUCAUAAGAUAUGGCAUUAUGUGUUUCUGGUGCUAUGUAGAAUGAUUUAUAGUAGAAUUGGAGAAUAAAGUAUAAAUAUAUAUCUUAUAUACCAUAGAGCUACAGUAGUAUAUGAUAAAGCAAAUAUAAAUUUCAAUGUGAUUAGUAAGGCAAGAGAGAAACAUGAAUUAUUAAUGAAAUUGGAUUUUCAUUGGUAAUGGGAAGUAUUAAGUCAUAAUGAGACAUUGUUUACAGAGGAGAGAAAUAAUUAGGAAGUAAUAGAAAAAGAGAAUAGACCAGGAUUAAUAGUAAGUAGCACUUCUUGGACAAAAGAUGAAGAUUUUAAUAUAUUAGUAUAGGCAUUAUAAAAAUAUGAAGAAUUAGCAAGUAAUUUUAUUAUAUAAAUAUAGAUAUUGAAUAAGGAAGAGAAUAUAGAAAAUUAUAUGUGGUUAUAACAGGUAAGGGACCUAUGAAAGAAGAAUUUAAAGAAAUCUUUUAAAAAUGCAAUAUUUGUUGGAAUUAUGUAAAAGUAAAUUUAGCUUGGUUAGAUAUUGAUGAUUACCCUAAAUUAUUAGGUUGUGCUGAUUUAGGUAUAUGUUUACAUUACUCUUCUUCUGGCUUAGAUUUGCCAAUGAAAGUAGUAGAUAUGUUUGGAGCUGGCACACCUGUCUUUGCCAAAUCAUUUAAAGCGUAAGUUUUUUAUUAUAUUAUAUUUUAGAAUCUCAGAAUUAGUAUAACAUUAAAAAAAUGGAAUUGUUUUUGAUACUCCUGAUGAUUUGUUUGAUCAUCUAUCAUAAGCAUUUAGAUUUGGAUCAAAUAAACUUCAAAUCUUGAAAAGUGGAGUCUAAGCUUUUAGAACUGAAACAUUUGAUUAAGAAUGGAGAAAUAAAGUAUUACCUUACAUAAGAAAUUUAAAGUGAUUAUUUUUAUUUUUUAUUGU